CCGCGCAUUGUUGUUGUUUUGAGGGGGUUAUGUUCUGUGGGGUAUAUUUUGGUGUGCCGGGAAAAAAUGUAUUAAAUAGGCGAAGAUAAAAAUCAAUCGUGAACCAUGAUGACGAUUUCGGUGACCGACGGUUACUCUCUGAUUUCAUUAAUAAACGAUUGGCAUGCAGCUAAUUUUGUUAAGGCAAAAAACGAAAUUAUUGCAGCCUGGGGGAUGGAGUUAUCGAGUGGUGGUUUAAUGUUCGUUUUUGCACCUGACAACGUCGCUGGUCCACGGAGAACUGUUCAUGUCAAAGAUGAUAUGUCAAUUGAGUUAAGAUGCACUGGCAAACUUGCGUCUUUCCCCGUAUACGAUAAACCUUCUUGUUUUAAUGAAGUUUACAGAAUACUGGAGCAAGUGGGGUAUGGGUUAAAAGUUUGCAUCGGCAGCGAUGACACAGAGAAAUGCCCCCAGAUUUAUUUUAUUAAAAAACUUCAUUCAAAUGGCAAGCGGUGUGAAAAUUGCCAAGUUGAAUACAGGAAAAAGCAUGAUAGGCGUAGAAAACGUGAAACCUACCUAAAUAAAAAUAAGAAGGAAAAUGUCAUCAAGAAAACCAUAACACACCAAGACAAAGGGGUUCUUCGCCUGUCAGAUGAAGAUUUUCCACAACCAAUAGAGAGUACCAAGGAGGUGCCAACAGAUUUUUGUGAUGAUAUGGAAGAAUUAGUUCCGGAAGAAAAUUUAGAAGCAAUAAAAAAGGACUCCAGCAAACAAAUUCAUAUAGAGUUUGCAGAACAAUGUAUAGAUUAUGCAAUAAAAUAUUUAAAACAAUGUAGCAAAACCAAUUUAGUUAAUCGAAUUAUGUUUUUAGAGGGUUUAAAAAAAGAGUUACCAACAUUUGAGUGACUUGUAGAUAUGUAUUUAUUAUACUAGAGGUACUGUUUUUUUGUAAAUAAAUCUUGUAUAAAGUUAUAUCUAUUUCUAAUUUAAUAAAAU